GGUGCACACUUCCUUCAAACACGUGUUUCACUGGGACAAUAGUGAGUGGUGCACACUUCCUUCGCCCGGCCACAGAAGACAAAAAAGAGUUGCUGGUGUAACAAUAGGAAGAAUAUAUUCCACUCCUCUCUUGUACACGCGGCUUAUGAGAUGAACGCUCGUCAAGAAGAACGUCCCCUUCAGCAGCAGGAGGAUCCACAGCCCCCCCACAUUAAAGAGGAAGAGGAGGAAGUGUGGAUCAGUCAGGAGGGAGAGUGUCCUGUAGGGCAGGAGGAGGCUGAUGUCAGCAAGUUUCCACUGACUGUUGUCUCUGUGAAGACUGAAGAGCAUGAAGACAAACCACCUGAGUCCUCACAGCUUCAUCACAGUCCAAACGUCUGUGGAGAACAACGUCUGCCUGAAAAAAAGGAGAGUAGCUUCAGGAUGGUGAAGGAGGAUCCUUCAAAGAGGAAGACCAGGCGCCACGGACCCUCUGGCGUCUCCUUUUCCUCUUUGACACAGACCCUUCCCUGUAAAAAGGAAGAGGAAGACUCACUGACGCCCCACAUUAAAGAGGAAGAGGAGGAACACAGCAUCACUCAAGAGGGAGAUCAUCUUGAAGGACUGGAGGAGUUCCCAGUGACUGGUGUCCCUGUGAAGAGUGACGAUAAUGAGGUGAAAGGUGAAAGUGAGGAGAGGGGAGGGGGGGAGCCUCCAAGCAGCAGCUCAACACAACACAUGACAACAGAAGCUGAUGGAGACCACUGUGGAGGAUCACAAGCAGACAAGCUCUUAGCUCCACUAUCAGAUAGUGAGGACACAACGUCACACUCUCCUGACACUGAUGAUGAAGACUCUAAAGAUGAUAAGACAUGUCACACGGACAACACUCACUUCACAUCUUCUCACUGUCACAAAACAUUUAAAAACCAUUGUGAUCUGAAAAGACACAUGAGAACACACACUGGAGAAAAACCUUUUACUUGUUCAAUCCGUAGUAAAGGUUUUGUAAAAAGUAGCUAUUUGAAAGUACACAUGAGAACACACACUGGAGAAAGACCUUUUCCCUGUUCAACCUGUGGUAAAGGUUUUACACAAAAUCAAUAUUUGAAAGUACACAUGAGAACACACACUGGCGAAAAACCUUUUUCCUGUUCAAUCUGCAGUAAAGGUUUUGUACAAAGUAACAGUUUGAAAGUACACAUGAGAACACACACUGGUGAAAAAUCACAUUCUUGUUCAAUCUGCAACAGAAGCUUUUGUGACCGAUCAAACCUUUUAGCACACAUGAGAAGACACCCAGGAGAGAAAGUGUUGAGUUGCAGUGUGUGUGGUGAAAGAUUGUCUUCUAAGUACCAGUGUAAGAAACACAAGUGUGCUGGUGAGAACAGCAGCAGCAAAUGAAACUGCAGGAUUUGAAAUAAACUGUCAAGACUUUCAUUUUGACUUUCUAACAACUUUAUGAUUCAUUUGUUGGGUCUCUAUAAUCUAUUUUAUUAAUUACCGUUAUUACUCUGUAUUAUAGUGAUUGUGUUGUGAUUGUUUUAUAUGUAUGUCCCCAGACCUUUAUGCAAUAUACAAGUGAGAGAAAAUAGCUGAUUUUUUUUUUGUUUUUGUGAAAGGAUUUUGUUUUUACAAACUUACAUUUGUGGAUACAUCAAAUAAAUCCAGUAUUGUGUUCUAAACAUUUUUUAUGUAUUUUUUUCUUUUUUCAACAUCCCCAAAACAACAUCAAUAUCAGUCAAAGUUUGGAGUGUCAGACAAAAGCCAAUAUUGUACAUCAUCCCACAGAGAUUUACUUUGCAUACAUUCUUAAAAUAAACUGUUUAUUGUGUUUCCCAAU